CCUGACCUAACCGUGACGUCCGUCGGCCACGCCGCCGCGACUGCACCGCAACCGUUCAGUCCGCACUCGAACGCCGUCGCAGUCGUUUAGUUACGCCGCACGCGUUAUGAUAAUAUCGUUACAAUAAUAAUAAUAAUAACAACAACAAUAUUUGUUUUCGGUAAUAAUAAUUCGUAACAAUUUGCGUUCGAAGACUGUGUGCGUUGCGUUUCCGUAUAAUAUAUCAUUGUACACCGCAGUUGACCGAUUUUAUCGCUCGCGGUGUUGCAGUUAUCGGUGAAAUAUUUUGAAUAUCGCGUAUUGUGUUUUUCGUUAAAACGUGUUUACCCGUAUACCUGUAUAACCAUACGGGAAUAUUCGAUAAUAUCAAAAAUAUCAGCCCAGAAUAAAAGUCUUGUAAAAAUGCCGCGGCCCAGUCGCGACUCGUACGGCGACCAAAAACCACCGUACAGUUACAUAUCGCUGACGGCCAUGGCCAUAUGGAGUUCGCCGGAGAAAAUGCUUCCGCUGUCCGACAUUUACAAGUUCAUCAGCGACCAGUUCCCGUACUACAGACGGAACACGCAACGCUGGCAGAACUCGCUCCGGCACAACCUGUCGUUCAACGACUGUUUCGUGAAAAUCCCGCGGAUGCCGGACAGACCGGGCAAAGGCGCGUACUGGGCGCUGCAUCCGGCCGCCCUGGACAUGUUCGAGAACGGUUCGCUGUUGCGGCGCCGCAAACGGUUCAAGCUGGUCAAGUCCGACAAAGACAGAUUGGACAACGAACUGAUCGCUCUGGCUAACAAUUUGGCACACAUGCAGCGCAACCAUCCGGCCAUGUCGGCGGCAUCGUCGUUGUCGCUGUCGGCUGCCCCGUCGUCGUCGGGCGCGUCGUCCGCUUCGUCGUCGUCGCCGUGUUCGUCGUCGGCCGGCAGUCCACCGCCGCCGCAUCAGCAGCCGCCGUCUUCGCAACACGGCGCGCCGACCGGGCCCCGUCUGCACCACAACCAGCCGCACUGUUACGACGACGUGGGCACCGACAGCCGCCGACGCCGCCGCAGCCGCAACGCCGCGCCGGCACACCACGACCCGCACCGGCACGCCGUCAUCGCCGCGGACGCGGUCACCGCGUGCACCACCAAGCCGGCGGUCAAGAGACCGUUCGACAUCGAGAGCCUGAUCGGACCCGACCCGUCGUCGGCCACUUCUCCGGCCGCGCCGCCGCAGCCACUGACCGCGGCCGAUUACACGGACGACGACGACGACGACGACGACGUGGACGACGAUAUCCUACGGCGAUUCCCGUCCAUCGUGCCGGCCGCGUACCGGGCGCCGCUGAUGGUGCCGUACGAGUUCCAUCACGCGGCCGCCGCGGCCGCGGCGAUCGCGUUCCAGGACCACCACCAACAGCACGCCGUGCACCACAGCCAGCUGCAACAGUUGCACCACCACCACCAGCAGCAGCAACAGCAAUACUUACGGUACGCCGCGGCCUCUUAUUUUCCGCUGCACAACUAAUGCGUACAAUAAUAUAUAUAAAGGUAUAUAUACGAGUUUCCUGUUUCCGCAAGCGCAAUAUUAAUAUUAUUUUAGCCCGCGUAGGUGAUUAUAACAAUAUAUUAUAAUGGUGAUAAUAUUAUUAUGUGUAUAGUCACGUGUUCGGUAAUAAGUCGUAUAUACGUCGUCCGACCUCUGACCGGACGCACUUUGGAUUCGUAUACAUGUAUUAUACCAUAUUAUUAUAUUAUAUUAUUAUGUGUUGGAUAAGCGCGGCGUUUGCGCUCGCGACGUCGACGAUAAUAUAUAUAUAUAUAAUAAUAUAAUAGGUAUAAUAUCAUCUGAUCUCGUGUAGCGCGCACACUUUCGCGACGACGAUUAUUCCGUACAGAGUAUAAUAUAUCUGUCGAAUAUUGUAACAUGACAUAAUAAUAUAUCAUAUGCGUAUACCCGUCGUAAUACGUAUAGAUUUUCCUAUGUACAUAUUACACACAGGUAUAGGCACUGCAUAUACGUAUAUGCAAUAUAUGAUACUUGCGUAAUGUUUUUCCGUAUAUAUAUUAUUUUAACCGUUGUUCUUAAAUUAUAUAUACAUAAUUUAUUUGUUUGUUUGUUUUUUUUUCCUAUCUGUAAGUUCUGUACAAAUAUUAUAUAGCCAUCAUCAUUAUUAUAUACAUAUUAUAUUAUAUAAUACAAACAACAGGAUAAUGUUGUAUAUUAUUAUACGAUAUACACAUAUAUUAUAUAUUUUAAUCGCGUUGACUUUACAACACACGAUGCCUACUAUAUAUAUAAUAUUAUAAAAUAAUAACGUACUGAACCUAUAUAUAUAUAUAUAUAUACAUUAUAAUAUAUUUAUUAUGUAAGAAAAAUUAAAUCGUAGUUUUUAGUAUUCGUUAUUCUGUGAUGUAGUUUUUAAUGUGCAGUAAAAUAUAAUAUUAUCAUAUAUAUAUUUUCGAUGAAAAAUAUUAAUUCUUAUAUUAUAUUAUAAUAUAUACGUAUAAUAUGUAUAUCGAUGCGAUAUCGUUUGCUGCCCACGCCGUGGAACCUAACCUUAUUCUGAUACAUCUGUAAUGUGUAUAGCCUGUAUAGGUAUACCUAGGUAUAGUUAAUACAUAUAUAUAUAUAUAUUAUAUACUGCAAACACUCAUUAUUAUUAUGAUUUGUUUUAGUUUUUAUUUUAUUCAUAAUAUAUUAUAUAUAUAUAUUCAUAUAUGUGACUUAUACAGUUAUAUGUUAUAACUCUGUUACCCCGAUAAUCCUCGUGUUGUAAAAAUUUGAAGAAAAAAAAUGAAUAAUUAUUUAUUUAUUAUUAUUAUUAGAUAUUAUCAUUUGAGAUUGUAAUAAUCGUAUUCGUAGAAUUUGUAUUAUAUAUAACCUAUAUGUAUAAUAUUCAAGUGCAGUGUAAUGUUUGUCGAAUAAAUGUGCAAUUUCGUAGAA